UUUACUGUAAAUCUAAGCGGUAAACUUUAGUUUGCAGUCGUUGGGUGAGUAGUGAUCGUCACAGACACACCGGCCACACCACAAAGACCCGCAACGAAACGGUAGGCUUUCCACGCGCACCGAUGACCGAGACUCGUUGGAAUCAAUCUAACCAUGAACGUAUCGACACCUCCGAGAUUCAACAACGAAGAGUUGUAAUAGAGAACAGUCAUGGUGAGAAACUCGUGGGAGUUUUGCAUGAUACCGGCUCAACUGAGACUGUUGUCAUCUGCCAUGGCAUUCACUCAUCAAAGGAUCGGAUUCCAAUGCUGACUAUUGCCAAUGUCUUUGAAAGCGCAAAGAUCAGUUCCUUCCGGUUUGAUUUCGCUGGCAAUGGGGAAAGCCAAGGAUCAUUUCAGUAUGGUAACUAUCGCCGUGAAGCUGAAGAUCUGCGCUCUGUUCUUCAACACUUGCGUGGAGAAAACCGUGAAAUUUCUGCAAUCAUCGGACAUAGCAAAGGUGGAAGUGUGGUGCUUUUGUACGCAGCAAAGUACAAGGAUGUGCAGACUGUUGUGAAUAUCUCUGGACGGUUUUUUCUAGAGAGAGGAAUGGAAUGGCGCCUUGGUAAGGACUACUUUAAUAAAAUCAAGGAGAAUGGGUUCAUUGAUGUUAGGAACAGAAAAGGAAAGUUUGAAUAUAGAGUUACCGAAGAGAGCCUAAUGGACCGUCUCACAACCAAUACUCAUGAAGCAUGUCUCUCAAUUCAUGAAAACUGCAGGGUGUUAACAAUUCAUGGAACUAACGAUAGAAUAGUGCAUGUAACAGAAGCAUCAGAAUUCGCCAAAUACAUAAAGAAUCACAAACUGUGUCUAAUUGAAGGAGCUGACCAUGAGUUCACAUCUCAUCAGCAUGAGCUGGCUUCUACUGUUUUAUCCUUCUUCAAAUUGGAUCUCAAGAAAUAUGAUGAUUCAGGUGAUGUCAGUACAAGUAAACGAGACCACAUGAGAUCAGUUGUUGCGAUCAAGGCCCGAAUUUAAAUAGAUUUGUUCAAUACUAUCUGCCAGGUUUAACGUUUAAGGUUGUCUUGUUUCAAAGGUUCUUACGAGUCGAUGGCUUGUUUAUACACAAAACUGAAUAGAAAGAAUGUCAAAGUUGGCUUCUAAAGGAUGACGAUUUAAUAAAGUACGAUAAGCCAUGAA